UUGUACGCAGCUGACGAUGUAAACAAGAGGAGACAGUCGAGGGCAGCAGGGAUCAAACAGGCCGGUGUCACCGCCGAUGAUAGCCGCUUUAUGCUCGUAAACGGCCGACAUGGGGCUGCCUGUUACUAUUAAAGUGAAUUUUCGGGGGAAUGUGAAGAGAUUUCUGGCUCAGGAUUUGGACAAGUUGGAGUGGGAAUCCGUUGAAGCCUGGAUCAAAGCGUCUUUCGGGAUCAACCACUUUCAAGUGAAAUACUUUGAUGAGGACAAUGAAGAGAUUUGCAUAAACAGUCAAGAUGAGUAUGAAGAAGCCAUCAAGAGUGCUGAGAAGCAGGGGAACCAGUUGCACAUGAACGUGUACAAGAUGAAAGGACAGGCCUGUGGAGGCCCGCUGAAGACCGAGGUGAAGGAGCUGAAAGGGGACCUCCGGCCUGCACCUCCUUAUCCAUCCAGGGUCAAAACAGUGGACAAAGGCACACAGGUCACCCCGGAGAGAGAAGCUGUCACAGUAAAGGACACCAAGGGGAACAAACCAGAAGAUGAGCCACCUCCCAUGUGGUUCAGAUCAUACAUGGAGAAGUUUAAAGACGAGGUGGUGAAAGAGGUAGUGGAAAGGAUGUGCAGUGACUUUUCCGGCCAGUGUUGUACCCACAAGACAUCUGACGGGCCCCUUGAGGCCAUCGGGGCUACUGGCGGCCCUAUAGGGCCCAGGCCAGGCCCCUCCACCUCGAAUGGGUCCCUAGGCUACACCCCAAACUGCAGCAGCUGCAACAAACUCACCUCUGAAGGGGCCUACAAGUGCAGUGUGUGCCCGUCCUGCAUCCUGUGUGAGAUGUGCAGACAUAGCCAUGACCCCAGCCACAACCUUGUGAGAACCAAGACACCUCUCUCCAUCCCUGAGCAUGGAAUGUCGGGAGAGUUGAGGUUCCCAAGGCGAGGAGACAGGACAGUGCGCAAGGCCGAGCGACAGCGCCUCAAAGCUGAAAGGAGGCAGCUAAGAGCUGAAGUGAAGGAAAUCAAGAAGAAACUGAGACUGGAGAAGAGGGGGCUGCAGUGGAGUGGGCCCUCUACCUCAGGCAGAGCCAACCUGACAAACAUGACCUCCGCGUCCACGCAGGUCCCAGCCCUGCCCCCCCCUGCUGCCUCAGAAACAGCCUCAGGUCCAGCCCCAGCCCAAGGUCCCAUCUCUGCCCCGGUCCCUGAUCCCCAGGCCUCCAGUCCAGAGGGUCCCGGGGUCUCGCACACGUCCUUGGUGCCAACUAUGGCUGCCUUGUUUCUGGAUGAAAAUCUGCCGGAUGGCACCCGUCUGAAGCCUGGUACCAAGUUCAUCAAAUACUGGAAGAUGAGGAACUCGGGCACUAUCAGCUGGACCUCAGAGACUAAGCUAGUGUUCAUGUGGGGAAACCUCGGCCUGGCGUCAGAGGAGAAGAGGGAGGUGCCAGUCCCCUUGCUGCAGCCCGGGCAAGUGUCAGUGGUCAGUGUGGCCUUUGUCGCUCCUGUGAUGGAGGGGACGUACACCUCCCACUGGCGGCUGGCGCACUGCGGGUGUCAGUUUGGCCCGCGUGUCUGGUGCAGCAUCGUGGUCGACCCCGGUGACAGCCGCAACGCACUCGGGAAUCAGAGCAAACGACCGAAGGAGGAGGUGAUGCCAGUGGAGAAGGAGAAGGAGGUAAGGUCCAAGGACAGCAGUCCUGGCUUGUCUGUAGACCUGAACCAUGAAGACUACUACUUCCCCUCAGUCGACCUGCUGACUGCACAGGACCUGCUGUCAUUUGAGUUGCUGGAUAUCAAUAUUGUGCAAGAGUUGGAGAAGGUUCCUAACAACACCCCUGUGGAUUUGACACCUUGCAUAUCCCCUCUGCCCCAUGAUGCACCAGUGUUGGAGAAGGCCAACCCUUCACAGAUCAAAGAAGACGCAGAGGUCACAGGGGUCAGGAAACUUUUUGGAGUGAAACCGAGGCAGCAGAGGGAGCUGCUGGAGCCUGUGACCCAGGACGAGGACAGGGAGGAGGAGAUCAGCGGAGCCCAGUUCCUCUGUGAGACGGUCAUCCGCUCCCUCACUUUGGAGGAAGCCCCCGAUCACAGACCCCUGCGCAGAGCCCAGCACAGCAGCCACAAACCGCAGGUUGUUUCCCGGGGACCCAGCUUUUGCUUUGAGAGAGCUGCAGAGGCUGAGAAGACGGAGACGGUGCAGGAAGAAAAUGAGGACAUCUGUGCCAUUAGACUUGAGAGUUCAGCUCUGCCUCCAAUCACAGGUUUCAACCAGAUUGACCAGGAAGAGGAGACAAGGCCAGUUCUUCUGCUGGAACCAGUGAAUGAAAACCUGCGUAUCGGUUCACAUCAUGAUGACGAAGACGAAGAGGUCAUGGUCUUAAAUGACCUGCAGAAGAUGAGGGAUCCUCUGGAGGAGAAAGCAGAGGGUGGAACCAGAGGAGAGGACUGGGAGGAGGUCAGCAGCCAGACCUCCUCAGUCUCCUCCUGCGACGAUUACAUCAUUGUCCUCCCAGACUGCUUUGACACCAGCCGUCCUCUGGGCGAGUCCAUGUACAGCUCCGCCAUGUCGCAGCCCGACACUGCCGCUGCAGCUGUGACCUCAGCCGAUCCGGACAUACAGCUGGAGGAGGAGGAGGAGAAUGAGGAGAAGGAGGAGGAGGAGGAGGACUCCAGCUCCGAGUCAGGCAGGGAGGCACCCCUGAGAGAGAGGCAGGAGAGGACGGAGGCGGUCGAGGCUGAGGAUUCAUCAAUGAACAUCUGGCCUCCGCCUGUCCCUCCAAUCCACAGCAGUGUGAACCAGAUGCUGUGUGCCUCCCAAACUCUGGACGCUGUGACGCUCACCCCUGAAGUGGUGACACCGCCGGUGCUGCCUGACCCCCUGCUGCCCCCGCCGACCCUCUACUCACCGAGGUCUGAGGCACUGUACCUGGCUGAGGACCCCAGUCCUCCAGCCUGUGAACCAUACGAGCCACACCAACCAAGGGUCCACCUAAAUGUAUCAUCUGGUCUGUCAAGAUCAGCCGGCUCAGCAUCCAGUGCCUUUGAGACAUAUAACCCCAGACCCAGCAAUGCUUUGCAGCCAAGGUGCAACACAACAGAGGGCCAAGGAGGCAUCACAGAGGGACUUGUCAAGGGGGCCCUUUCUGUGGCAGCGUCGGCUUAUAAAGCUCUCUUCACUGGACCAAACUGUUCAAUACAGCGAGGCAUCGACCCAGCCACCAGACAGGACCCUUCAGUGAUGGCGAUGCUGCUGGAAAUGGGCUUCAGAGACCAGCGGCUCAACCAGCGUCUGCUGAGGAAGCACGGCUACAGCCUGCUGCACACCGUCAAUGAGUUGGUGCAGAUGGCCGAGGACAGCCAGAACAAAGCUGUCAGCACUCAGCACUGAGGGAGGGAAAGCUGUGGGGAAAUGCUACUGUAAGGCUGUAAAACAACAACAACAAAAAAAGUAAUGAGAAGGAAUUUAUUUGACUUUUAAACCUAAUGUAAAGAGAAUAUUUAGAUUACGACCCGUGUGUCUCUCACCCUUUCCAGUGUCUAGAUUUAUUUUGAAUUAUUUAAAACAAAGAAAACCUAUUUAUGAUCCAUGCAACUGAUUGGUUUUCCAAAGGGUGGAUGGUUUAUUUAGACCAAGAGUAAUGAUAAUAAAUAUGAACACUGUUGAUUAGAGAGAAAGGAAUGAAUGGCUUCUCCUGCCUUUGCCUUUAAUUCAGCUUCAAUAUUUUGAUUCAAUUAACCCAUAUACACACUUGUAAAAUAUUAUGAAUAGUGGUUAAAUUGCCUUGUUUACCCGGGCCAUAGAGCCUUCUGUGUUGGUGAGAAGGAGCAAAAAAAAGUGUGUAUCGUCAGCUCUUCAUCUUAGUGUUCGUGUGGCUGUUGUAGCUGCUUCCUCGGCGCUGAAAAAUAAUUGUCUUUUGACAGGGCUUGGCUAGAUUCUUCUCACAAAUAGAGCAGUGAAAAUUAAUAUUGUUGAAUGUCAUAAAAUGAUAGAAAAAAAAAAAAAGCCAGCUCGCAUUUAAGACGAUGCUACUGAAGCUACAUGGUUAUUCUGGGUGUUAAGGGUCGGCAGCUCAGUAGCGAGAACGACAGAUAUUUAAGACUUUUCUCGAUUAUCGUAGUAAAAUCUGCCUAAACAAUGCAAUCUUUUUCUGUAUCAGAGUACUGUUAUUUUAGACGUUGACAUGUGGAAUGUAUACAAAACUGUCCGAACGGAUCACUGUUCAGACUCGGAUGUUUUCUACUGCUUUUUAGGAGACACCUGCAUGACAGGUAGAGGCUUUAGAGAUGAGUCAUGUUCUUGUGGUCUUAGCACAGUCAUAGUGGAAGAUGUCCGCUUCACGUCAUCGUUUAAGAACACCCCUGCCUGCAUUUUGUCAUGUCCUCCAUUCAACGACAAACCGAGCAACAGUCAUUUAGCACUAAUAAAAGGCGUGAUGUCCCUUAACAACACAUUCCUUAAUCUCAUAGUGGAACCAAGUAUGUUUUAUUUCAUUACAUUGCCUUUAUGAAAGAUGAUCAUUAGUUUACUGAAGUAUACAUGUGGUGAUUUGACAUUUGUGGUGUGAGUGUGUAGAUUAAGUUAAUGUACGCCUCUGUUAGUUUGAUUUAUUCCGUGUGUGUGUGGUUGAGGAGUUUUUGAACCAUAUUUUCUUAUGUUCUGUCAUGCUCUAGAGAAUAAUUCUGAAUAUAUCUACUACCGUAUGCUUGUCAAAUUAUUCUUCUGCCACAGAGUGUAUACAUUAAAUAUCCUUCUGUCAAUUCGCCAAUAAACUAUUUGCACAUCU